AGUGAGACUUGGUGGGAGACUGUGACUGACAAUCUUAUCCAUGCACUUGGCUUUUUUAAUUUCUGUAUCGUAGAAUUUUUUCCAUCGCACUUGCUCUAGACAGCUCUAAACGUCAAGUUGGAUCAACGCGUUCAUUUAAAAAUUAAAUGCCACCUUCGCAUUCAGCUGUCGGUGCUGCCAAUGUUCGAAAAUCUAACCUUCGAUGCAAUUGCAGCUGUCAGAUUCGCGGCGACAAACGCGAUACGAUUAACAACAAAUCUGACGUGCACCUCUGGAGAACUUGAAAGGAUACGUUAUCACCGGAUUGAGCAACUUGACGUUUGAAACUAUCUCUAAAAAUGGAUGUUACGUUUGUGAAUAAGAUAGAUUGUAAGCAAGGUGCUGUACGAGCAGUUCGCUUCAAUGUCGAUGGCUCCUAUUGUCUUACUUGUGGAUCUGAUAAAAAAAUUAAAUUAUGGAAUCCUUACCGAGGUGUUCCUCUAAAAACCUAUGGAGGACACGGUAACGAAGUGUUGGAUGCAUGUGCAUCAUGCGACAGUAGUCAAAUUGUUUCAUGUGGAAUGGAUAAAUCUGUAAUUGUUUGGGAUGUCGCUACUGGAAAUCCUGUUCGACGACUGAGAGGACAUGCAGGAUCAGUUACAACGGUGAAGUAUAACGAAGAAUCAACUAUGGCGAUAUCAGGUUCUCAUGACAAUUCUGUUAUGUGUUGGGACACACGUUCCAGAACUCAGGAUCCUGUACAGACUCUUAGAGAGGCUAAGGACACAGUCUCUAGUAUCAGAGUCUCCGAUCAUGAAAUAUUAGCAGCUUCAUACGACAAUAGAAUACGCAGAUACGAUAUGCGUGUCGGCGAAUUAUUGGUCGAUUAUUUGGGAGAGGCCGUAACGUGCGCGAGUUUUACACGAGAUGGUCAGUGUAUUGUGGUCAGCUGUGGCGAUGGUGUUAUUAGGUUGAUGGACAAGGACACUGGAGAGUUGCUGGGAGAAUUCAGUGGUCAUUCUGCUGAAGAUUUAUGUUUAGAAUCAACUGUCGAUUGCAAGGAUACCCACAUAUUAUCUGGAUCUGGCGAUGGAAGGUUAUGGGUUUAUGAAUUAGCCACUCAAAAAGUUGUUGAAAAAUUAUCAGCCAACGAUCUUGAGGAGAAAAGACAUCCGGUUGUUUCCGUUACGAUUCACCCUCAAAGAAACUGUAUUCUUGCCGCUAGUGGCGGUAAUAUUUUAAUGUGGGAUACGCAGAAGUCCGACGAUGAGAAGGAUUAAAAUAAUUAUAUACUA